GGCGUCGUCCGAGAGCUGGCCCUCUCUGACCGAGUUGGUUUUCUGUCGCUGCGUUAGGGGCCUUCACUCGCUGCUGUGACAUCAUACGCCGUCAGCAGCCAAGCACCCCCAGCCGCGUCACCCACCGUCGUGUGACUCCGGAGCGUCCCCGUUCGCGACGCUCGUUCUAUCCGCCAUCUGUCCCAUAUUCGCCCGGUCCCGCCUGAGCGUCGCACCUCGCGGCGACCGCAAACACCGCCAAGCUGUCUUCCCCAAUUCUCCUUUCUCGCACCGUCUCCUACGGCGCGGGCACCAACCCUCCGCGUCGUGGGGCUACGCAAGGCACGAUGACGGACAAGACCGGCAGGAGGAGGAGAUCUAGUAGUAUCCUCCAGGUCUACCACGAACCGCCCGAGCCCAUUGAGCAGCUCAGUGAUCAGUCAGCCCUGCCGAAUCUGAACGCGGACUGGGUCAAUGCGAAAGGUGCCUGGACCAUCCACCUCGUCCUCAUACUCUGUCUCAAGAUCUUCUACGAUAGUAUACCCGGCGUCUCGCAGGAAACGUCAUGGACGCUGACCAACAUCACGUACAUGUUUGGCUCGUACAUCAUGUUCCACUACGUCCGUGGCGUGCCCUUCGAGUUCAACGGGGGAGCCUAUGACAACCUCAACAUGUGGGAGCAGAUCGAUGAUGGAGCCCAAUACACCCCCGCCAAGAAGUUCCUGCUGAGCGUGCCUAUCGUGCUCUUCCUCCUGAGCACACAUUAUACCCAUUACGACCUGGCCUACUUUACCAUCAACUUCCUUGCUGUUCUGGCCGUCAUAAUUCCGAAACUGCCCUUUAGUCACCGCAUGCGUGUGGGCUUGUUUUCUGGAGGGCCCGAAGACUAGGGAGCGAGAGCACGAGCAGGGCUUGCGGUCGAGAGAUGCGUCAGGUUGUCAUCAGGGAAUGGUCGUG